GCUUUUACUUUCCACGUAGCCUUUAGACAGAUCGGACGUGUGUAAGAUAGAGCGGAUCGGUUGGAUCGAACUGACUACAGGUUCAGGGUUAGCAACGAUACAUUGCAGGAAAAAAAGGAAGAUGGAUUUUAGGAUUCAAUUGAGUCUCUUGGCUUUAAUGCUACUAGGUUCUUUGUGGGUGGUUUCUGCACAAGUUCAAUGUUACUCGUGUUCGUAUACAUACCAAGAUGGGGAGACUGAGAGCGAUAAUAAUAACUGCAAAACCCCAACGCAAGCUGACACCAGCACCACAACGUGCCCUACUACAUCCUCAUGCUAUGUAGGUAGUUCAAUCUCUUCUUCAUCGAGUGUUGUGUCUCCAGGCACUAUCACCUACAGGCGUGGAUGUAUGGAUUCAGAUGACUGCGUCACUGACUGUCGGAAGGACCCCAGAGACUGCUGGAAAUGUUGCACAGGCGAGCGUUGCAACACCGCCACCUUACAAUCACACCUGAGUGACAAUGCUCUGACUAACACCUGCCACCGGUGCCAGUACUCGGAGGUACCAGGUACCCGCAGUGACACCGGAUGCGCACAAGGUUCCUUCGAUGCCUCUUCAGCCCAAGUAUACAGUGUUGAGUGUCCGGGGCUGUGCUACAGCGCUACAGCCAGAUUUGAUGGAGUACAGGACAUCAUCCGAGGCUGUCUCUACCAUGGGAAUCAAUGUUCCUAUGAUAACCUUGCUAGUAGGGGUAUUCCUGCCUCCGUCGUGAAUGGACGUGAUGAUGUGUAUUACGAUCUCGCAUGCUGUAUUGGCGACAAUUGCAACACCGCUACCGCCCUCUCCGCCGGAUUGGUGGCAGUCCUGAUGUCACCCAUGUUGAGUAUGAUUGUUGUCUAUAUGUAGAAUGUUGGAACCUAUCCUGGACCAAGGCUGUAAACGUAAAAGUGUAUGAUAGGGAUAAUGGCGCCCGAAGCAAAUGACAAAAGUGUGCCCCCUACAUACACCUGGGGGGGGGGGGGGCGUUUCACAAAACUUGUCAUCAGUGAAAAAUGACAAUUUUUGUUAUAAGCUACUGAAAUCCUUGCUUCUAAUUAGUUAUCAACAGAUUUGUGACUGAUUAGUGUCAUUUGUCAUUGAAAAAAGGCUUUGUAAAACGGGUCCCUGUUCUGUCAGCUCAUAGACACACACCAGAUUUCCUCACUUUUCACUACGUAGAAAUGAUCUGUCCCUUACCUGAGAUAUGUAUCCGAAUUUGUUUAAAUGGCUUUACAAGGUUCGGAGCACAGCGACCGACUCAUAGAUUAUUUUAAAAAAAUAUGCAAGGGAGCAUAGUGACCAAACUUUGUGACUUUUUCUAUUUUUUCAAACCAUUUAAUAGGGUUAUCUCCUAAGCACUUUACCCUGCAAUUGCAUAAUUAGGGGAGCGCAAUCCAGGAUGAUAAAUGUCUCUUAUUUUUGUGUUUUUGAUUCCCCCUGCCCGGGGCGUGAAACCCCUCUGCACCCCAAGAUACGCCACUGCUUAACUCUAAUCCUGCCACAGGGCUAAUCCCCAUUGUGCCAAGCCACAAAUCCCCCAAGUGCCAAGUUUAUAACGAGAUAAUCGGAUUAACGCGAUGGUACUAUCAAUAGCGCGUGUAAAACACUAGGCACAGUCCAAUGGGCAGGAACAAUAACUGCUAUUACGAAUGCGUGCAAACAUGCAAAAAGCAGAGAAACAGUAGCUUGCUCGCGUGUACAAAGCACUAUAAUGAUAGCGUGCACGCAGCCUUAUGGCAGGCUAUGAGGAAAUAAACAUAUGCCCUUUUAAGAUAGCUAUGUAGUAAAUAUAAAAAUUCAUUUAAAUACACUAUCAGUCGUUAUUGUAAUCAUUAUCUUUUUACUUUAUUUAUUCAUUAA